AUGUCACAAUAUCAGAAACAAGUCAACGAGGCUGGAACCCUUUCGAGACAUUUGGAGAACCAGCGCCGACAGGGCCCCACCGUCACCUAUCAUCUGUACCUCUAUCGGGAGGAACUGUCCCGACGCAAUGUCGAGUAUAUGCGUUUGUCUAAGGCCAAGUAUUUCAUCACGGAGAAGCUGCUGGCCAAGACGGUGCGCAAUCUCAAGAGUUGCAGUGUGGAUGAGCUCAAAGCGGUCAAUCACCAGAUUGUGUUCCGACAUAAGUUGAAGCGUCAGAUACAUCGUCUGCGGAAACUGCAAAGUCUCGGCAUCAAGAAUGCCAAUCCGCACAUGGAAAGCACGGAGCUUUAA